UGUGCUCAGGAUGCGGCGCGGCUCUGUCCGCCUCCAGCUGAUGAGCGUAUUGGCAGCUGCAUCAUUCCGGCCUGCUGGGUUAUCGGGAUUUGCCUCCUGCCCGGGAUCGAGGCUGGACGCGCCUGCAGGAUCUCUGCGUGUUUGUUUCUGAUCGAAUGCUGUUGGACUAAUUGUUAUUGACAGACUUGUGCGACACUUUUUUUCCCCUUUUGUUACAUCUAUAUCUACAUUUAUUAUUUUAUUUUAUUAUUUUUGGCCCCACCCCCCAGGGCGAGGGGAACUCUGUAGAGGGGGAUGUUCUCGUCUUCAUCCAGACACUCUUUGCUGUCACCCUGGACGUCCAUGGAGCAGUCGGACUCCGAAGCGCUGGACAUCAGCACCAAGGUGCAGCUGCACGGCGUGCUGUGGAAGAGACCCUUCGGACGGCCGUCGGCCAAGUGGUCCCGCAGAUUCUUCAUCAUCAAAGACAGCUUCUUGCUCUACUACGCAGAGAGCGAGAAGAGGAGCUUCGAGAGCAACAGGUACUUCAACAUCCAUCCCAAGGGAGUCAUUCCUCUGGGAGGAUGCGUGGUGUCGACCAACGAGGACAUGGGGAUGCCCUUCGCCAUUGUGGUCAACCUUGAAGAUUUUACAGGUACCGUCGUCCUGGCUGCUGAGUCUGAGGAGGAGCAGGUCCAGUGGAUAGAGAUGCUCCAGGAAUCAGGGAAAGUCACGUGGAAGAACUCGCAACUCGGGGAGGCCAUGAUCGAGAGCCUGGAGGCCCAGGGGCUGCAGCUGGCCAAGGAGAAACAAGAAUACCUGGAUAAACUUAUGGAGGAGACAGAGGAGUUAAGUCACCAAAGAGCACAGAAGGAGGAGCUGGAGCGUCUCAACCAGGUCCUGGAAGAGGAGAAGAGGAAGUUUGAGGAGGUGGUUCUGGAGCUGAAGGCGGAGCAGGAGCAGAUCAAACUGGACCUCGAUGACACAACUCAGUCCCUGAGAAGUGUUGACCGGGAAAAAGAAGAGCUGAGUUGCUUAACAGAUACGCUUCAGAAGUCCAUAGAGGAGCUCUCCCAAGAGAAACAGCGGAGACUUCUGAUGCUGGGGGUGAAAGGUCAGGAGGAGAAGGAGGCGGACCGAAAGAGUUCGGGGUCAGCGUGCGAGGACCCCGUGGACGGGGAGGCCAGCCGAGACCCGGAGGUGCUGCAGGACCUGCGGCACAUCGAGGAGCAGAUGAAGAUCCUGCUGAAGGAGAAGGAGCAGGCCGACGAGAAGCUGAAUGACAACGAGCAGCGCUCCAAGCUGCUGCAGCAGGAGAAGGAGUACUUCUCCACCCAGGCCCAGACGCUGCAGCAGUCGCUCUCUCAGCUCACGGUGGACAAGCAGCAGACCGAGGCCGAGCUCAAGGCGGAGAUCCAGUCGCGCAUGGAGCUGGAGCAGAGGCUGAAGCAGGCGGAGGAGGCCCUGCAGGACCUGGAGAAGGGCCUGAACUCGGUGGAGCGGACCAAGGAGAGAGACGAGAAGAUGAAGGGGGACGUGACGCAGCUGAGAAAGUUCUUCGAGGAGUGCAUCUGUGCAGCGGAGAUCGAGGCGAAGCUGCCGGCCAUCAUGAAGAACGCCGUUUACCUGCACAAAGCCGCCGCGCGCAGGAUCAAGAGCUGCCGCGUCCAGAGGAGAGCCUCCAGACGCCACUGGUUGAAACACUCCAAGUCGUUUGCUUUGGCCGGUUCGGACGACGGCAUGGAGGAACUGCGGGCGACGGCGCGGCGGCUGACCUCUGACAGCAGCUUCAGGGAGAGCGUGUACAAGAUCGUCGUUCGCAAGGAGGCCGCAAACACCACGAUAGACUGAGCGGAUAGAAGAAGAAGAAGAAAAAGAAACAAAAACAAAUCAGAAAUGAUCCUUUAGCUUUAAUUCCGUCAGCACAGAAAUCUGGAAAAGAUCCUGAUCCCAAACCUUAACGUACACACACACUCACUCACACACACACCUGUUCACCGACGGUUCCAAGUCACUGCAAUAAUAAAAGGAAUCUGACAAGAUGAAUUAAAUAAAUUUUAGUC